AUGCCUCAAGAAGUGCAGUUUACCAAUCCACAAGAGCAACCGGCCUUUGAAGACAACAAACUAAUUUCUGUUACUACUAAUAGAAAUAAAAUAGAAAAAAAACAAACGAAAAAAGAUGAAUCUUCAAAGUCACUUAAAAGGACUGCACCAAAUGAUAUAGUUGAACAAGGUGACGCAAAACGCAAGGCAACUCAGGGUUCCAAAAAAUCAGUAGAAAAAUCAGUUGAUGGCGCAACCUUAACGGAAUCCGAUUCCAACUCCAUUGAAGAAAGUUCCGCAGCUUUAUUGUCUUCAACUCAACAAAUAAAUACGCUUCAGGUUACAGUAGAAUCUCCUCCGAAUCAACAGCUUGAAAGUUUAUCUUCUUCAACUACUUCUACUAUGGCAAAUUCAGUGAGCUCACCGAUUGCAGUUGACCCAUCGUUGUCUUCCAGUCAAAGUAUGACGUCUCCUCUCCACACUAAUAUGGGAGAUUUUUUGAAUAGUUCAGCAACAGCAACCGCUCAGAUUCAAUCCCAAGAAAAUAAUUCUAGUGCCGCUAAAGAAUGUCGCCGUAAGAAAAAAUUGUAUGUUGCAGAUCUUGAAGAAAAAGUCACACGCCUUGAAGAAGAAAAUAUUCGACUUCAUAAAGAAGUUGAAGAAUUAAAUUCCAAGUUAGGUCUGUGUACGAUUCGAACGGAAGAUAAUGUUCGAUUACAGAAAGAAUUAGAAGAAUUAAAGGCUAAAUUGGAAUUACGCCUUAGUCAAUCUGAUGUAAAAAAGGAAUCAAAAACAAAUUUUAAGGGAGAACCUGGCAAAAUUGAUUCAGCCGAACCAAGAUUAAAUUCUUUAAAAUCUUAA